AUGCCUGAUCCUCCAUGUGCUCUUCUGCUCCUCCAUGUGCUCUUCUGCCCCUCCAUGUGCUCUUCUGCUCCUCCAUGUGCUCUUCUGCUCCUCCAUGUGCUCUUCUGCUCCUCCAUGUGCUCUUCUGCUCCUCCAUGUGCUCUUCUGCUCCUCCAUGUGCUCUUCUGCUCCUCCAUGUGCUCUUCUGCUCCUCCAUGUGCUCUUCUGCUCCUCCAUGUGCUCUUCGAUCGAGUUGGAAAUCUCACGCACCAACUCAAAUCUGCCGGCUUCGAGCUACCAUCUUGGGUGGUGAUAUUGUACGAGACUAAAGGGAAGGCGAAAGAGGACAAGGGGAAGGCAACGGCCGCGGCGAUGGAGGCGAUUAGUGGUGGGUUCGGUCCUAGUGGGAAGAGGAAAAUUUCAGACUAUUUUGGCGGCGACGCGGCGGUGGCAAAAGCUAAGGCCGAUGAGUCGCUCUGCCUCUUCUUCGCCGGCCUUCGUAUUCCCGAGCACCAUGCGGAUCACCCGCUCUUCCGCAACAUGUUGAGGGCGGCGGCUGAGGCAGGCCCCGGCUACGUCCCCCCCGAGAGCAUCGACUGUGGGAAGGAUCAGAAGACGGGCACCUACAUUGCGGACAUGUUACGGCCCAUCGUGGAGGAGGUCGGGCCCCAGAAUGUUGUGGCGCUGUGCACGGAUGGGGGGAGCAACUACCGCUCGGCGUGUCGGAAGUUGGGUGUGGAGUUUCCGCACAUUGAGCUGACGCCAUGCGCCACCCACGUGAUUGACCUGCUGUUGGAGGAUGUGGGGAAGAUGGACUGGGCGAAGAAGCUUGUGGACAGGGGGAACGGCAUGAUAAACUUCUUGCGCAAGCAUCAUUGGACCCGCGCGAUGUUGAGGGACCCGACGCUGCCUGGGGAUAAGGUGCUGCAGGCGUUGCGUCCAGCAGGGACUCGCUUUGGCACUCAGUACAUUGCGAUGUCGAGGUUGUGCGAGUUGGAGCAGAAGCUGAUUGUGCUCGUGACGGGCGACCUGUGGAAGGGGUGGGCGGUGGGGGACAGGGAGGAGGGGGCCGAGAAGUUUGCAAAGGAGGUGAUUGAUCCGGCUUGGUGGAAGUCUGCUGCCUUCUUUGUGAAGCUGCUGCAACGGCCCUAUGAGGUGAUGCGCAUGACGGAUUCGACUAGACCUGAGAUGAUGGGCCGCAUGUACGACCUCAUGCUGCAGCUGACGGAAGAUAUGGAGAAGGUGUUGGAUGCGGAUGAGCAGCAGCUGAGCAGGGCGGAAAAGAUGCGGAUCUCACGCAUUCUGAAGGACCGCUGGGACAACAGCCUCGCGUGUGCCAUGCACGUGGCUGGCCGGAUCUUGAACCCGCUUAACCAGGACGAGGAAAUAUUCGGGAUCGAUGUGGAGUGCACCAAGGUCUUUAAGGAGUUCAUUGCGCGCGCCCAAGACUUCUACAAGAAGUAUCCCGCCAUGAGUGGAGUGGUGGGGAGGGAGGUGGAUUUGGAGGCGGCUGUGACGGCGUACUUGGAGUCGAGGGGGAGUUGUGGGAUGCCAAAGGCUAUGGAGGCACGGGAGAAGGUGAAGCAAGGGAAGCAGACGAUGGAGCAGUGGUGGAUGUGGCAUUGCACUGAGUGGCCCGAGCUGGCGCGCCUUGCACGUCGUGUUCUGUCCCAGCCCGUAUCCGCCGCAUCGUGCGAGCGGAACUGGUCUAUGUGGGACUUGGUGCACACUGCAAGGCGCAACAAGCUUGGCUCAGUGAAGUGCCGCGACCUUGUUUACGUUGCGCACAACUGGAACGUCGUGCACAACUUCCACAAGGGCCCACAGGUGGGGGUUGUGAAGGGGAACAUCCCUGAGGCUCCUAUUCUCGAGGGGUAUGUCGUGGAGGAGGAGGAGGAGGAGGAGGAGGAGGCGGAUGAGGCGGAUCCGAAGGUGCUCGAGGACGAGUACAAGGAGUACCAAAAGAAGCCGUAG